AGACUCAAAGAAAGACAGGAGUAGGAGUGAUGGAUCCUAUGACCAGAAGAAUCAUACAAGCUAUGGAGGAUAUGGGGUUUAAAUCUGAUGUCGCGAAGCUUGCAGUUAUGGCAGUAAAAAAUCAAACUUCUGGGCAGUAUGAUGUGAUGCUCAGUGAAGCAGUAACAUGGGCUUUAGAUCAACAAAGAAAUAACAGAGACGACCAGGCUCAGCCGCAGGCAUGUGCCCCAUUAGAAUCUUCAGACGCUGUUGCGGGAGCUACCGGGUCUUCAACAUCUACCAACUGUCAAGAUGUUACGUGUUUAAAGCCAGAAACCCAGCAGCUUAGAGAGUUGCCCAGAUGUAAAAUAUGUUUGGAUAGACAGAUGGAAGUUACCUUCUUACCAUGCGGUCAUCUAGUUUGCUGUUUUGUAUGUGCAGCUAACAUACGCAACUGUCCUUUCUGUAGGAAAAAGAUAAGUGGCACUAUCAAAACAGGUAUACCACAUUGAUAACAAACGAGAGAAAACUCAGCAAACCCUGUGGUGGAGAAAUUGAUAGUGAGACUCCUUUGUAGGGGAGCGUGAACAAUGUUGCAGCUUAAAUUAUCUCUUUUAAACAGACUCAAUCAAACCGAGUCUACAAUUUGCACCUUCUAGCAGUUGUUCCAUUGUUCACAAGGGGUCUCAGUUGUCAAGAUUUUAAAUUCACGAAUUGAGAUAUUUAAAAAUUGAAGGUUUGUGCACGAUGGCGAAUUACAUUGCAUUCUGAAGCUCUAUGAACACCAAGUCUUGGAAAGGGUCCUAUCAACAAAGGCAGCAAAAUGCUUAGUUUAAGCGAGGGAAAAUGGCAGCUUGGAUUUACUUAAAUUUUGUUUUAUACAUCGAUUUAUGCAGGGAAGUAUACAUAGACAUGUACUACAUUAUCGCAAACAGCAAAUGCGUAUGAAACACAAAAAUGCAAUUAAUAUAGAAUUAUCAUAAUUAAGAAGCGUGUUCUGUGCUACCCUAUGAUUGCCCAAUAAGCUUAAAGCUUUCUUCAAUGUAAAGGAAAAUCAAUAAUAUAUACUUACACAUGUUAAUAUUGACUGUAGUCAUUUGCAUAAUAUGCAUGAUAUUCAUAUGUAACUUUUCUUUGCAAACUUAACUCUUUUAGACUAUAGCUAUUUCGGUAAAGAACUACUGUAACAAAUCAAUAAGAUCUGAAAUAAAUUGCUUUUUGAAAAAUGUG